AUGUGCCUGCUGUACCUCCUAUGCUUGGAGUCCGAGGAGCCUCUGAAGCCCGCCAAAUACAGAAACCGCCACCUGCGGCUGGCGCGCAGGGGCCCGGCAGCAGGCGCAGGUGCUGGGCCUCAGAGCCCGCCUCUGGGCCUCGCGCCUGCGCCAGUGGUCACGAGGUGGGCUGCAGGAGCCCUGCGGACCAGCCUGAGAGUGGACACCGCGGGAGCGAAUUUCAUUUGCCCAGGGAUGGCUCUGUCCCUUCCGGGCGGCACGCUUCCCACUUGGGGUGGCUGGCGCUUCUGUUGUGUGAGUGUGGCCGGAGGUACCUUGCGCCUGGCUGUCCUUGGCCCUGGACCUGUGGACUCAGAGCGGGGUCCUGGAGCUGAGAGCUGGGAAAGGGGGAGAAGGAACCUGGGGAGGGGCGAAAGAGCCGUCCUGGCUGUAGUCUCAUCUCUGGGGGAGCAGCCCCUUUGCCUUGUUUCCAAGAUGGUGACUGUCAAGCCUGAAUUUAUUAAGAAUUUCACUUCGGAGGAGGGCAUUUAUAGCAAUAAGAUCUCCAUUAUAGAAAUUGGAUCAGCUGACAUGGCCUGUACAAUCAGCAUCUUAUUAAAAGGCUUGAGUGACGAACUUGCCUUUGUGGAUGUUUAUAAAGGCAAAAUGAUGGGCGAGACAAUGGAUCUUCAGCAUGGCAGCCCUUUCGUGAAAAUGCCACAUAUUGUUUCUGGCAAAGAUUAUCUUGUCACUGCAAACUCCAGUAUAGUGCUUAUCACAGCAGGCGCAUGCCAGAUGAAAGGAGAACGCCUUCAUUUAGCCCAUCGCAACGUGUCCAUGUUUAAACCCAUGAUUUUCAGUAUUAUCCAGUACAGUCCCUGCUGCAAACUGAUCAUUGUUUCCAGUCCAGUGGAUAUUUUAACUUAUGUAGCCUGGAAGUUGACUGCAUUUCCCAAAAACCAUGUUAUUGGGAGUGGUUGUAACAUAGACACUGCCCAUUUCCGUUUCUUGAUUGGGCAGAGGCUUGGUAUCCACUCUGAAAGUUGUCAUGGGUUGGUCCUUGGAGAUUCAAGUGUUCCUGUGUGGCGUGGAGUGAACAUUGCUGGGGUCCCUCUGAAGGACCUGAACUCAGACACAGGAACCGAUGAGGAUCCUGAGCAGUGGGAAAGUGUUCACAAAGAAGUCGGCGUCAGUGGCUAUGAGAUGCUCAACAAGAAAGGAUGUACUUUUUGGGGUGUUGCCCUGUCUGUAGCUGAUAUAAUGGAAAGUAUUUUGAAGAAUCUUAGGAGAGUGCAUCCAGUUACCACUAUAAGGGAGGGGUUGUGGGGGCCUUUAUAUGGAGUAUUCCUCAGUGCUCCUUGCAUCCUGGGAAGGAAUGGUAUUACAGACCUCACAAAGGUAAAGCUGACCCCUGAGGAGGAGGCUUGUUUGAAAAAGAGUGCAGACACUCUUUGGGAAAUUCAGGAACUCAAACUUUCAAGUUGCUUAAAGCUACCAUUCUGA